CAUAUCAAUCUGAUUACAGCUUUAAUCGCAAUUAUAUCUUCAUCUUGGAACUUACAAGUUUGUCGACCACGUUCUCCGCGGGCGACUUCCAAUGAACAAUUCCUCGCGAGUUUCUUACAGAUGUCAGAGUCAGACGGCCCAUCACUUGGUGUGUUACCGUUGUGUCUCUAUCGGAUGGCCGGCCGCAUGGGUCGCCGUCGCCCCCACCUGUCAGCUUCUUGCAAACCCACCAUUGCUCCUGAACGGCGACACCUCCUGCUGGCACGCUAGUGGCGCGUCGCUCUUCCUUAACUCCUCGCCCGCCUCUACCGGUCUACCCUGCUCCAUCUCACACACAGCAGCUGUACUAGCUGCCGCGCUACCACUAGCUCCUGCUCCUGCUCCUACUUGCACUGCUGACGCCAAGAACCAACCAGCCGCAGGGACCGGCUGCAGCUUGUGCUCCAUCCAUCUCCACCUGUCGCCGCACCAGCCACCCUCCCUCCAUACAAUCGGAUGUCAGUUCUUGCCGAGCGGGCCGGGCGACGAGCUGGCCGAGCUGCUGUGGCACAACGGGCCGGCGCGGAGGAGGGCGCCGCACUUCCCGCCGGCGCCGUUCCAGCCCUUCACCUGCAGCACCGCCGGCAGCAGUAGGGCCCACGAGCUCAAGCGCCACGCCGUUGCGGACGCCAAGGCGGGCGCGUUCAUGAGCAUGACCUCCGUGCCCCUGGGCGCGGCCUCGGGGAUGCACGACGUCGGCCUCCCCGUCCAAGACGACGACGGCGACGCCGUACCGUGGCUGCAUUGCCCCGUCGCUGACGACGACGACAGUGAUACGGCGCCGCUGCCCACGGACUUCUGCGCCGGCUUGCUGUCCGAGUACUCGGCACUCCCGGCCGCGCCGGCGGCCUCCCACGGCGCGGUUGUCUCGACCACACGCGCCGUGAUGCUGGAGACUGCGGCCAAACAGCCCCAGCCGAGCGCCGCCGGCGGAGGCGAGGGCGUCAUGAACUUCACGUUCUUCUCGAGGCCGCUGCAGCGGCCGCAGGCGUCCGCCGCCGCGUCUCCGAGCUACCCAGUCGAGUCCACGGUAGUGCAGACGGCGGCGAAUCGGCUACGAAGCACCCCGUUGUUCUCGGAGCAGAGAAUGGCAUGGCUGCAGCCGCCCAAGGGGCCGCGCACCACGGAUGCAGCUGCUGCUCCCCAGUCGCCUCUGCCCCCAGAUCACCACCAUGUUGAAACUGCCGCCAUGGUAACUCAACAAAGGUUGCAACCAGAAGCAAGGGCUCCCGAUGCGGCGGCGGCGGUGACGACCUCGUCGGUCUGUUCCGGCAACGGUGAUCGUACCCAGGCGAAGAGGAGCAGCCACCUGCCCGCAGAGUGCUCGUUCAGCCAGGACGAGGACAUCGACGACGAGCCAGGCGCGAUGAGGAGGUCGGCGACGCGGAGCACCAAGCGCGGCCGCACUGCCGAGGUGCACAACCUAUCGGAGAGGAGGAGACGGGACCGGAUCAACGAGAAGAUGCGCGCCCUGCAGGAGCUCAUCCCCAACUGCAACAAGAUUGACAAGGCGUCGAUGCUGGAGGAGGCCAUCGAGUACCUGAAAACUCUGCAGCUCCAAGUGCAGAUGAUGUCGAUGGGGACCGGGCUGUGGGUGCCGCCGAUGCUGCUGCCGGCGGCGGCGAUGCAGCACCUGCAGAUGCCUCCCAUGGCGCAUUUCCCCCACCUCAGCAUGGGGCUGGGGUUCAACAUGGGCGCGGCGUUCGACAUGGUCCCGCGCCUCGCUGGCGCGCAGUUCCCUUGCCACGCGGCGCCGAUGGCAAUGCCGCCCGGCACGAUGUUCGGCGUGCCCGGUCAGGCAACGACGUCACCGGCCGCGUUCGCUCACAUGACCAGCACCGCCGCCGCGACGGACGAACGGAUGGAAGCUGCUGCUCCUGCACGGGGAGGCGCUUGCGGCCAUCCUAUCAACGCACUCCCAUAGAAAAUGGCGAACAGAAGCUGCAUUAUCCGAAGCAGACGUGAAGGCGACGAGGUGCAGGUCGCAUGCAUGGAUAUAUCUUCGGCAGCUUCUCCAUCUUACUGUUGCAAUGCAUGGAUGGAUAGUAGAUUGUAAAUGCGCGAGAUUUUAGAAGAGUGCAGUGCUCGUCAAUUUGGAACAAAAUAAUUUUCUCGAAACUGUUGUGCACGCUGGUAAAUCCUUGUGAAAUUCAUGCCGAAUGAAGACAGAAACGAUAGGCAGGCUUCGUCACAGAAGACGGAAGAUAGCUAACAGGUGUGCGUAUGGGCGCAUCCAUGCAUGUAUCUGCAUGUAUUCGUGUCUCCAUGACUCCAUACCAUACUACAUACACCAUGCUUCCAAA